AUGCCCGCAACACCCGCAUCAAUCACCUCGCUUUCCAUCUUGCCUCCAGAGAUCCAGGCCCUUAUCUUCAAUUCAAUUCCCUUCUGCUGCUCCAAGCCCGAGCUUGCAAGCUUCAUCCGCGUGUCUCGCGACACGUACUCUCAACACGUUCGCGGCUUGUACGAGUGCAUCGAGCUCACCCGUCACAAUGCUUCGCCCUUCUUUCGAGAGUUUCUCUCCAACGAGCCCGUCAAGGAAGACUGGUCAAUCGAAAGGUGGCCGGUCGCUUGUCGUCCAGAUAGGUGCGACAAGCCGGCAGUUUUUCACUCUGGCGACUCGUUUAUAUCGAAACUGCACCUCUUCGGGUAUGUCAAGACGCUCAAGGCCCAAGAAGUCGAAGCCAUUGUGCACAUGAGACAGGCUGUGCGGUGGCUGGAGGUUUUUGAUCUCAACACCUACGUCGAGCACGUCCAGGAGGAAAAGCAAGAAAGAGAACUCCUUCGGCUGUUUCCCAACACUGAAAAGAUUGCUUUCGGACCCUCGGCCCUGUGGCAGCUCUCCGAGCAGCAGGUCUUUGUGGCGGCCCCGCACUGUACGCUCUACAAAGCUUGGCGGGCCAACAAAAAGCAUUAUUGCCUACACAUGCCCAACAAAGAAGACACCGCACUUUUCCACUCCAGUGGUAUCAUUCGACACGAGCUUCCAAACUUCAUGUCCAGUGGCGACACUUGUACCGUACACAAUGGAGACCCGAGCUACUUUAUUACACCCCCUGGCGACACUUCGCGACUCUCAGAGAGAGGCAUAGAGGCAAAAGAGAUCAAGAUGUUUGUCAAGCCCGGUGAGAAGGCGAAUGAGAACAGGAUAGACUCGCAGAAGACCAAGAUGCUCGCGUUCUUCAACAGCUAUCUCCCUACAGAAAUUGCGCGCUCUCGGGGCAGCACCCCCCAAUACGAGUCUCCCAAACAAUUUGUGUUUGCCAACGUCACGGGCAAUAAAGACGAGAUCUUGGAUGCUGCCAAGCGCAGCUGCGGGUCAGAUCCCGACCGUCUCGACCGGCUCCAGUCGGUCAAGAUCUUUGCCAAGGGAGACGCGUCUGUGACGCCUUGUGUGGUGUGCGGGGAGAUGUGA